GAAUAUAUAAAAAAAUAUUUGCUAAAUUAACUCAGUAUACCUUAUAACAGUGCCACAGUGCAGUCGUUAACGGAAACAGUUGUCAAAGUUUUAACAUCAUGGGAGUGAUGUGUCAGAUAUUAAUCGACAGAACGGAAGACGGUGUUUUGAAAGCAGGAGGAUUAGUUACAGGAAGGUUGAAGUACUUCAUAGAUAAACUAACACAGUACAGAAGAAUAACCAUGUGCCUUCUAGGAAAAGGAAAAUGUACGUGGUCAGAAAGACGUGGUAAAACAACGAAAUAUUACAGCAACAGCGAAGAGUACACGAAUCAGAUAGUAAAUUUAUAUGUGGAUACAAAUAAACAAGAGCUCAUAUCAGGUGCUUUUGAGUACCCAUUUCAGUUCCUGCUACCCAUUGAUAUACCGCCAUCUUUUAAAGACAACACUUGUUAUAUAAGAUACAAAAUCACUGUGACAUUUGUAAAAGCAAACACCAUGAAGUCAAAGAAGGCCUUUGAUGUAGAAAUACCCGUGACCAGUUAUGUGAAUCCAUGUUCACUGGAGCCAAUGAUGUUUUGUUUGAGGAAAAAGAUAUUUUCGUUUACACCUUUCAAUAAAAUUGAGGUGAAAGGAGAAAUAAGUAAAACUUGUAUAACUCCAGGUCAUAACUUCCAAAUGACACUAACGGUGAACAAUGAAACUAAUCAAGAAAUAUUUAUAAAAACUGAACUUGUCAGUCGUUUAACUUACAUAGCAAGUUGUAAUCAUAAGAAAAUUUAUGAGGAAAAUGUAAAAAAUACCAGUACAAUGUCUUCUAUAGCAGCAAAUAGCGUCGCAAAUUUGAUAUGUGUUGUGCCUACGUUAGAAGAUUUAAGUUCUGUAGAACACACUAAAGUUAUGAGAGGUGAAUAUAAAGUCAAGGUUACCGCCAAACUCCAAUUUCCUCACAUCAAUGCUGUGUUAUACAUACCAGUAGCUAUUGGUCUAAGAAAACAUGAAUUUGUAAUACCAGCCGCUAUUUACUAUCAUUAUUAUGGAGAACAACCUUCAUGUUCAACAAUGUCUCCUCACAAUUACAUGUUUGUUUGUUAAGAUGAAGAAAAAGAUUUUAUGCAAUACGAAAAGUGAGAUUGCAGAAAAUUUGAUAAAGAAGAAUCGGAUGACGACGAUGAGAUAGAUUUCGAUAUAAGCGAUGCUAUAAAAUUUGAUAAACUUAAUAUUAAAGAAUUUGAAGAUAGCGACGAUGAACAAAAUUAUGAUAAAGAUAAACACAACAUAGAAGCACAAUCCAGGUGACAGACAUAAUGAAUGAACUUUAAACCGGAACAAAACACUUACAAAUAAAUUUAUUUUGAUGGUCUAUGCAAAAAGAAGAACUACUGAAUGUAUCCAAGAUGAAACGAUAACCAUGGAAUUGUUAACAUCAAGAGGGAAGAAAAGCUUUCCUUUUUCAAUUUAAUAUGUGUUAAA